AGGUGGGGGUGGAAUUUUUGUGGAUUUCGUGAUUUGUCGGAGAGGUUAGAGUGUGUGCAUGUGGAAUUUGAGGUGCCGGUGAAAUGUGGAAUGACAGCGGAACUUUGCGGUGUGGCGGUAAAGUUAGGGUUCAGUUGAAUGUUCGGGUUUAAUCCGAAUUUUUGUGUUAGUUUGGUUUGAGGUUUUACCUGAGCGCAAAGACAAAGGAGGCGAAAUGCCUGGGAUGAAUACGGCUGUGAAUAGAAAAGUGCGCGCCAUCCAGGCGAAGAAGAAGCGACCGAAGCGGCCGACGGCCAAGCUCAAGCAGCAGAUCCAGACGGCCAACGCCGACCGCAACCGCACCAAGACCGCUGAGCCGAACAGGACCGAGUCAUCCCGCACGGAGACGAGCGUCUCCGAGAAGGACAGCGUGCCCAGCGAUGAGGAAGAGGAGGAGGAGGAGGAGGAGAUCCUCGGCUCGGAUGACGACGAACAGGAGGCGCCGUCCGACUACAAGCCCGGUGGCUACCACCCGGUGCAGAUCGGCGACAUGUUCCACGGCCGCUACCACGUCAUCCGCAAGCUGGGCUGGGGACACUUCUCCACCGUCUGGCUCUGCUGGGACAUCCGGGACAAGCGAUUCGUGGCGAUGAAGGUGGUGAAGAGUGCCAGCCACUACACAGAGACAGCCCUGGACGAGAUCAAACUGCUCAAAUGCGUCCGCGACAGCGACGAGGACGACCCGUUCCGGGAGCGCACCGUCCAGCUGCUCGACGACUUCAAGAUCAACGGCGUCAACGGCACGCAUGUCUGCAUGGUGUUCGAGGUGCUGGGCCACAACCUGCUGAAGCUCAUCAUCCGCAGCAACUACCAGGGCAUUCCGCUGCCGAACGUCAAGUCCAUCGUCAAGCAGGUGCUGGAGGGACUCGACUACAUGCACACCAAGUGCAAGAUCAUCCACACGGACAUCAAGCCCGAGAACGUGCUGCUGUGUGUGGACGAGGCGCACGUGCGCCGGCUGGCCGCCGAUGCCGCCCAGGUCCAGAAGAUGGGACUCAAGCUGCCCGGCUCGUUCAUGGCGACGGCGCCCAAACAUCUGCAGCAGCCCGACCCGGCCACGCUGUCCAAGAACAAGAAGAAGAAGCUGAAGAAGAAGGCCAAACGGCAGGCGAAGCGCCUCGAGCAGAUGGCCGAGCUCACCGAGCAGUGGGAGAAGGAGCAGGCGUCGGCGGCCGAGGGCGGCACAGUCUCCUCCGCCGCCGGCGAGACGCCGACCGCCGCCGCCGCCGCCGCCGCCGCAGAGACGCCUGCGCAGGCGCCGACCGGGACGAACGGCACCCAGGAGAACGGAGACGCGUCGCAGAACGGCGACGACGACGGCUCUGAGACGCCGCGGGAGAACGGCGAGGAGACGCCGCGGGAGAACGGCACGGCGGAGACGCCGCCGGAGGAGACGCCGCGGCAGGAGACGCCACCGGAGGAGACGCCCCGGGAGGCGGCCGACGUGGGCGCCGCCGCCGAGAAGGUCGCCGAGCGGAAGCGCGACUCAGAGCCGAGCCGGGACCGUCAGAAGGGCGGCGCCAACGGCGAGGCCGCCAAACUGGCGAACCGCCAGAGCCUGGCCAACAUGGAGGUGGCGCUGGUGGAGCACUCGGGCGUGGGCGAGACGGUGACGCUGCCGUACGACCUGGAGCCGGCGGCGACCGUGGCCGGCCAGGCCACUGACGACGCGGCGCCGCCCAGCGCUGGCGGCACCGCGCCCGCCAAGAAGCCCGAUCCCGUGCACGAGGUGUGCGAAAUGAAGGUGAAGAUCGCUGACCUGGGCAACGCCUGCUGGACGAACCACCACUUCACGGAGGACAUCCAGACGCGCCAGUACCGCUGUCUGGAGGUGCUGCUGGGCGCCGGCUACGGGCCGCCGGCCGACAUCUGGUCGACGGCCUGCAUGGCGUUCGAGCUGGCCACCGGCGACUACCUGUUCGAGCCGCACACUGGCAACAACUACAGCCGCGAUGAGGACCACAUCGCGCACAUCAUCGAGCUCAUGGGCGACAUACCCAGGAAGAUCAUGUUCAAUGGCAAAUACUCGCGCGACUUCUUCAACAAGAAAGGCGAGCUGCGCCACAUCACCAAGCUGAAGCCGUGGUCGCUGCACGAAGUGCUGCAGGAGAAGUACGAGUGGCCUGAGGCCGAUGCGGUCGCCUUCGCCGACUUCCUGCUGCCGAUGCUGCAGUUCGACCCGGAGCGGCGCGCCUCGGCGGCCACCUGCCUGCGCCAUCCUUGGCUCUUGUGACCUGCGCGGCGCCAGACGGCCCACCGCCCGGACGGCCCAUAUUUUUUGUACGCCGAGCGGCCUCCGGGUAGGGCGCGCGGCCGCGGCGCGCCA